ACCCCUUCACGGUCUGUAUGGUCAGUGACCAUACUUUUGGUCGCUACUGUGCGUUUGAAUUUUAAAUUUUUCGGCUAGCGGUACACAAUAUGUACAUUGGUGCAUAUUAACAAAUACAUGCAUACGUGCUGCCGCUAGCCAAGCACUUUCCAAUAAAUCCUGGAAUAUUCAACAGCUCUGGCAGCCCAAAGCCAGAAUAUUCCCGGUCAGUUCGUCAACCAUCUUUAGAGCGACAACAUAAAAAUCAUCGAGUGCCCCGUGAAGCGACAAGUGCCCGCGAAAAUCAUCGACAAGUGCCCAGUGAAGAAAGAAGUGACAUUUUAGUUUAUUUUUUAAAAUUACAUUACACAACAUUACAUUAUAAAAAAAAACAACAUUAACAUUGUACAAACACCAAACAAAUUGAAUUACAAAAUUGUACAUAAUUAACAUAAAAUAAAUUCUAAAUUAGACAAAUCAAUUUACAACAAACAAAAAUUAUACAUUAAACGAAUGAAACAAUUGUACAUACACACAAACAACAAAGAAUUGAAUACCAAUAAAACAACACAUGAAAUAAAAUUACAAUUAAAUAUCCAAUAAAUUAUACAAAAAGGUUAAAGGUAAAGUCAAAAACAUUUGGUCCUUGACGAGCCAGAUUGUGUUUUUUAAUAAAUAAAUUAAAAAAAGUGCAAGUGAAGUGAAAUUAAAAUACAAUAUAAAAAUUUCAUAAUAAGUGAACUGACUCAUAAGUGAACGGUACUCAUAAGUGAACAAUAAAAAUUGAACAACAAAAAGAAACCAAAGCAAACAGUGAGUGAACAAUAAAUCAAAAAAUGAAAAUACAUUCAACAAAAGUGUUAUAACAAAAAACAAAGUGGAAAAAAAAAGACAUCCAAAAAAGAACAAAAAAUAAGUGUUUCAACAAAACAGUAGACCCUGGCAAAACACACACACAUGCAUACGAAUACAGAACAGUGAUCAGUGGAAAGCAAUAGUGAUAAAGCAACAAUGUACGAAUGAGAGACCAGUGGAAAAAUUAAAAAGAAAAAAAAAAUAAACCACAGUGGGUCCAAACAGAAAAAAUAUAUAAAAUUUAUUAAUUUUAUAAUUAAAAAAUAAUAAUAAAAAUAGUGAAUAAUAAAUUUAUUAUAUCCACAGAAAAAUAACAAGCAGCAAGCAAAACGACAAUUAAAAAGACACAACGGUUCGGGUAUAACAAACAAAAACCAACAAAACAACCCAGACUCAACAGAAGGAAGAAGAAGAACCGAGGGGUAACACAACACAUUCCCAACUUUACAAAGAGAGGCAAAAUGGCAGCAUAUUUACCAGUCCAGAAUUGGAGAGACGAAGAGAGCCCAAGACGCCCUGAAAGGAGAGAAUCCCGUCGCUUAAUUGCAGAAAGAAGCCCGCAACGCCCCGACCGCAACCCACAUCCACCAGAAGCCCACCCAGCCCGCGAACCAGCACCAGUACCCAAUAGAAGCAACCCAGCCCGACACUUCGAACGCCGCCCGAGUCCUGAUCGCAGUCACCGUAGCCGUUCUGAAAAUAGACCAGCCCCCAGAGCUAGAGGAGCACGGCCAGGCCAUUGGCAAUACUCCUGCGGACUGUGUCAGCAGGACCAUGCUCUGAGCUCGUGCCAGCGGUUUAAAGACCAAACUCCGUAUCAGAGAUACGAAACCACUGAGCGGCGGGGAUACUGUCGAAACUGUCUGGCACGAUCGCAUUUGGCCCCCGAUUGUCCAUGCAUUACGGGUUGCCGACGAUGCGAUUAUCGACACCACACCAUGCUACAUGGGGCGCCACAACUCGAGGAUAGCCUACAGCCCGCUCAAAUAAACGAGCCGCCUUUUUCGUGGGAUCUCGUCUUUGUACCCACUGUCAUGCUGCGAGUUACCACCGAAGAUAUAGACACCCACUAUACGAUACGGGCGUUGCUGAGUAAGUCAGCUGUAAUGUCCCGCAUAGGGUACUCUACCUUCCAACGGAUGGGUCUGAGGUCAUUUUUAUACCAAGAUCGUCGAUUUACGACCUUCAAAAUAAUGAGCCGGCGAUCUAAUUCAACAUGGGCGCUGAAGGUCAAUGCUCUUGUGACAGAUGAGCUGCCGAGACGAAUUUAUUCAGACCCCAUACUAGAUGACCCAACCUCAUAUUUUACAGAGCAAGCACUUGCGGACCCAGACCCUAGAAGCAAUGUACCCAUAGACUUGGAAUUAGGCGCAGACACGUAUUCUGCCAUAAGAAAAGAUGGAUGUACCGCGGCUGGAGUGGGUGAUGUUCAGGCGUACAACACUAACCUGGGAUAUGUCUUCGCUGGACCAAUUAGGAACAUGCCAUCGAUGUGAAAAGACGCAUAUUAGCACGGAGUCAUGGGGGCGGAGAAUGUAUGGUCAGUGACCAUACUUUUGGUCGCUACUGUGCGUUUGAAUUUUAAAUUUUUCGGCUAGCGGUACACAAUAUGUACAUUGGUGCAUAUUAACAAAUACAUGCAUACGUGCUGCCGCUAGCCAAGCACUUUCCAAUAAAUCCUGGAAUAUUCAACAGCUCUGGCAGCCCAAAGCCAGAAUAUUCCCGGUCAGUUCGUCAACCAUCUUUAGAGCGACAACAUAAAAAUCAUCGAGUGCCCCGUGAAGCGACAAGUGCCCGCGAAAAUCAUCGACAAGUGCCCAGUGAAGAAAGAAGUGACAUUUUAGUUUAUUUUUUAAAAUUACAUUACACAACAUUACAUUAUAAAAAAAAACAACAUUAACAUUGUACAAACACCAAACAAAUUGAAUUACAAAAUUGUACAUAAUUAACAUAAAAUAAAUUCUAAAUUAGACAAAUCAAUUUACAACAAACAAAAAUUAUACAUUAAACGAAUGAAACAAUUGUACAUACACACAAACAACAAAGAAUUGAAUACCAAUAAAACAACACAUGAAAUAAAA